CCUUAAUAACUCAGUUUUCUCUCACUUUCUUUUGAUUGUUCUUCAUGUUGCUCUUCUCCAGUAAUUGAAAAGUUAAUCACCAAACUAUAAUAACUUUUGAUAAUAAAAAAAAAAAUUCUCUUUUACGUUCACUUUAAAUAAUAUAAACCAACACGAUAUGGCAGACAACAAGUUAUACAAUGUUCUUGGUGUACCAAGAAAUGCUAGUUAUCAUGAAAUUGAACAGUCUUAUAUGAAACUUUCAAAAGAGCUACACUCCGGCCAGCAUCCUGAUGCGGCAGAUAAAUUCAAAGAAAUUUCAUUUGCGUACGAAACCUUAUCCAAUCCAAAUAAACGUCCACUUUAUGAUAAUUAUGGUAUAAAAGGAGUUCAAGAAAGUGAAGAUCAAAUGAGUUCUGGUAAUCUUUUAUCAGAUUUAUUUGAGUCUCCAUUUACAUCUUUUGCAGAACCCAUGGGAUUUGGCGGUUUUGGUGGAUUUGGUGGAUUUGGAGGAUUCGGUGGAUUUGGCGGUUUUGGAGGUUUAGGAGGCAGAAGGAGACCUCAACGUGGAAAAGAUGUUAAUUAUCUUUUAAAAGUUACUUUAGAAGACUUAUAUAAUGGAAAUGCAGUAAACAUUACGAUAGGCAAUAACGUAGUUUGCACUGGAUGCAAUGGAGUUGGAUGUCCUGAAAAUGCUAUUAUUCCAUGUAGAGAUUGUGCUGGUCACGGAGUAAAAUUGACUGUUUGUGAAAUUGCUCAUGGUAUAUCCGUUCAUCGUAAAUCCCAAUGUAAUGCUUGCGAGGGAAAGGGACGGACAGUGAAUGAAAAAUUCGUAUGCACUGUUUGUAAUGGAAAAAAAGUUUUGUAUCACACUAGAAAUUUGGAAGUUAAUGUUGACAAAGGAAUGAGAGACACACAAAGAAUUUUAUUUAAAGGUGAAAAUGAACACACUCCUGGUACUCAACCUGGAGAUUUAAUUGUUAUUUUGGAGCAAAAGGUUCACGAUGUAUUCCACAGAUCUGGAGAUAAUCUCUAUUUGACGAAAACAAUUGGUUUAGCUGAAGCCCUUUGUGGAAUGAAUAUUGUAGUUAAACAUUUAGAUGGAAGAGAAUUGAUUAUUACUCAUCCACCUGGAUGUGUUAUUAAACCUGAUGAUGUGAAAGGAGUCGUAGGAGAAGGAAUGCCAGUUUACAGAAGUCCUUUUGAAAAAGGAAAUUUGUACGUUAAAUUCGACAUAACUUUUCCUGAUGACAAUUUCACAAGUGAAAAAGUUCUCCAGACUUUGAUGACAAUGUUCCCACCAAAUGCACCGGUCGUUAUUCCCGAAGACGUUGAGGAAGUUGAACUUGAAAAUUAUGAUCCAAAUUACAAAACUGAAUCUCAUGUACCGCGUUCCAGUGAAGCUUACGCUUCGGAUGAUGAUGAAGGUCCAGAAGUGCAAUGUGCACAUCAAUAAAAUUAUUUACUUUUUCCUAGCCUUAGAAAAUUAAAAAAAAAACAGCAGUUUACUAUCCAUAAGUAAAACAAGAAGGAAAUUAUAAAAAAAAAGAAACAAAUUUUGGUGUACUAUGCAUACCGAAAAUUUGUACGCCUGCAAAUAGAAGCGUCAAUAUUUUUCAGAUCUUUAAAAAAAAAAACUGUCUUAACUAAAAUCACACAUACAAGGAAAAAUGACAAUUUCAAUAAAUUAUUCUUUACAUUCUUUAUCCUGAUUGAGAACAUAUUGGAAAUUAUUACUAUUCUAUAUAGGUAUUUCUUUAACUCUUUCUUACAACAUGUCAGAUUUUAUAAAUUGUAUUAAAAAUCAAUUUGAACGGAUUUUUAAUUUUUAAGUAUUUUAUAAUUUUUAUCAAAAAAAAUCAAGUUACACUUUAAAUAUUGCAAUUUUCUUGAAAUUCUAGGUACAUACAUUUUAUCUUAUUAAAAUAAAAACAGUCAUUGUUUUCUUUUCAAUGACUAAUUUCAUUUUUGAGAUUAUGAACUCUGAUUGUUAUCGAUCAAGAGAUACUUUCUACGUAUGACAUAAGUACUUAAGUUUAUGCAAUUUAUAUAAAACUUAAUUGUUUAUGCAGAAUCAACAUCAUUUAAACAUUUUAUCAUUAAACUAAAAUAUUCGCUUUAUUUUUGGAAUGUCCAAUGGUUUUAUAUUUCCUUUUAGUAUAAUAGUUUUUUUUUUUUUUAAUAAAUCAAUAAUUUAUUUUUUAAUUAGAUCUAGUAAAUGUAUUUAAUAAUUUAUACGUACUUUAUAUAAUUGAUUUUUUAAGUAAGAUUUUACAGAAGCUUGUUAUUGGUUGUUAAUUAAGUUAAUGGAAAAAUCAAUGAGAAACUUAAAAAACGAAAUGUAAAACUACAGCAUCGUGAUUAUAAUUACUAGUGUCAAAUACGUUUUGACGAAAAAGGCUGCUGUAAAAUGUUUUUAAAUUAAAUUUUUUCUUUUUUAAAUAUAAUUCUUCUUCGUUUAUUUUUCAUAUUAGUGGUAUUAAUAAUUUAAUAGUAAUUAUGAAAUGUAUUACUACUUUUAAACAAUUUUUGUACUUUAGGAAAUAUUGUAAACAAAUUAAUGCAAGUAACGUGUGUUGCCAUCAUGGUUACGUUUAUGCUUAUAAUUUGUUUUUAUUAAAAAAAAUAAUUCAUGUUUAUUAUUAUUUGUAAUGUAUAUAUACUAUAUAGAAAAAAUUAGGUUACAAUUUUGGAAUAUUAUUAAAACUAGUAAUAAAUUUUAUUUAAAAAUCCA